GAGGAAUCAUAUCCAACAUAUCUUGAUCACUUUGGCACUCAAAUUAAAGAUAACAAUCCAUAUACUCGACUAGUUUGGCUCUAGUUCUUGUGCCUAAGUUCUAGAGUGUCCUUAAGGAUUAUCCUAGAUUGAAUUUCUUGUAACCCAGGCAUAGGAGAGGAAUAUCAAUUCGGAAAGUGAACUUACACGAUCCUUAAGAUAUCCAAGUACUCGAUUAUCACCCCCCCUACGUGAUACACCCCAACAGUAUGAGCAACUUUUUAAUAAAACUCCGGAUAUUAUGCGUGUAUUUGGUUGCUCAUGUUUUCCAAACUUUAUUGCUGUCUCUCACAAUAAGCUAUCACCCCGCUCUGUUCACUGUGUUUUUAUUGAUUAUGCACCGGGUUACAAGGGCUAUCGUUGUCUCUCUCACUCCACUGGCCGUGUCUAUAUUAGUAGGGAUGUUACUUUUCAUGAAAAUGUUUUCCAUACUCUACUUUAAUCUCCACCACCCAAAUACCAAGCUCCGGCCUAUCACCCUCCUGGUUGUCCACCUCAACCCACUGGCCAAAAUCACCUACACCAAACCCAUUGCCUCUUCCAUCUCCUCACCACCUGUCCUGUUACGAGUCUGCCACACCACCAACAACAACACUUACCUCCACACCGCUUACUCCGUCGCCUGCUGCCACCCCCACCACCCGAAUCCCCCACGGCCGAAAACAUUCCUAGCCCACUGUUCACACCCGGCUGCAUGGUGUCCACGCCCGACAGCAUAGCAUCUCCACCGUCUGGCAGCAGUUGCCCCUCGGCCAGCAGUUCACAGUCCAUCUCUGCUCCUCUUAACAUCCAUCCCAUGUGUACAUGCGCUAAAGAUGGUAUUUUCAAACCAAAACAAAUUUUUAAUUUAAGUGUUUUUUCUCCCCCAGAUGGUCCAACUUGUUUUACACAGGCUAAUAAAAGUGAGGUUUGACGGGCAACCAUGAUUGAUGAAUUUAAUGCUUUAAUUGCUAAUAAGACUUGAGAUUUGGUACCUUGGGAUCACACUAAAAAUGUGGUUGGUUAUAAGUGGAUUUAUAAGACAAAAUAUUAUUCUGGUGGGUCUAUUGAGCGCCAUAAAACUCGAUUUGUUGCUUAGGGUUUUAAACAAAAGGCUGUCAUUGAUUUCACCGAAACAUUUAGCCCUGUAGUUAAACCCAUCACUGUUCGUCUUAUUUUAUCUGUUGCUAUUUCUUUGGGGUGGUCUGUUCGACAACUUGAUGUGAAAAAUGUCUUCUUACGUAGUUAUUUAACUGAAGAGGUAUAUAUGCGUCAGCCACAAGACUUUAUUCAUCCGCCUUUUCCUAAUCAUGUUUGUCGUUUGCGAAAGACUCUUUAUGGUUUAAAACAAGCUCCAAGAGCUUGGUUUCAUCGUUUUAGUGGUUUUUUGUUAAGUCGGGGUUUUACAUAAAGUAAGUCUGAGUCUUCUAUAUUUGUUUAUCGUUCUCAGUCACAGGUCGUUUAUAUUCUUCUGUAUGUUUAUGAUAUUCUCAUAACCGGUUCUUCUUCUUCUUCUUCGUUUGUUAUGUAUGUUAUUCAUACUUUAUCUCUUCAGUUCGCCAUGAAAGAUUUGGGUGAUGUUCAUUAUUUCUUGGACAUUCAGGCAAAGCGCACACCCAACGGAUUGUUUUUGUCACAUGCUGAAUAUAUUUCUGACCUUUUACAUCGUUUCCGUCUUCAUACCGUUAAACCCGUACGUACUCCUCUUCCCUCGCGUACCACCCUCUCUCUCACAAGUGGGGAACUUUUAUCUGAUGCCACUGAGUAUCACAAUAUGAAUUUACAGGUACUUACAGGGGACAUCAGCUCACGGCCUAUGACUCAAAUCUGACAGAAAUAUUUUUGUUAUUAUGGCUUUUUCUGAUGCAUAUUGGACAGGAUGCCCAGAUAGCUCUCGUUCCACUACUGGUUAUGCCGAUUUUCAGGGAUCAAAUCUCAUUUCUUGGUGGUCUAAAAAGCAGCCCACUGUGUCAAAAUCCUCUACUGAAGCAGAAUACAGGGCCACAACUUAUACUGUUCAGGAUACGCUUUUCAUCAGAUCGCUAUUAGUUGACAUGGAAAUUUUUAUUUUCGGCUCUAGUUCAGCUUCAUUUUGACAAUGUCUCUGCCUCUUACUUAGCUGUCAAUCAUAUUCAACAUGAUCGGAGCAAGCACAUCAAAAUUGAUUAUCAUUUUGUUCGAGAAUGGGUGGCUCAUGGGGAUCUUGUUGUGAAGUACAUUCCUACCCAGUUGCAGCUAGCUGAUAUUUUUACUAAAAUUUAUAUGGUUAGCGUUUUAAAUUUUUAUGUUCCAAUCUGCGCGUUGUUUCCCCUGCACAGAUUAAGGGCGUUUAAUAAUGUAAUUAUAUAAGGAUUACUAUGUAAUUUCCUAAACUCGGUUUUAGUAUAAGUAUACCGUCAAGGCACCCAAUAGGGUAAGCCAUUACUUCCCAAAAUUAUUAUUUUGUAUAAGUGAGACAUCCAAAAAAACAAAAUUGACAGAGUUAUAAGUCGGAGAGAGUAUAUCAUAAGAAAUGCAAAGGUACACACUACACUCAUGCAAUAUGUUUCUCGAACGAGAAUUUGUUGCUUCCAAUUGGUGUACAUGAGUGAUUGGCAGGUAAGGUGAGCUCUGAGAUGCUGGAAUUGAAGGGGAAGUCUGAGGUGAUGAGAUGACGUGUAAGAGAGGUCUGCGAUGUAGAGAGUGCCAUGCGGGAGAAGACGAUCAGAUAGCAACCACAAUGGUCUUGUGAUCAAUGAAGAAGUGAACCCCAAGAUAUCUCACCCUUGAUUCUUCGACCGGACGACCAUGAAGAGGCGGACACUCUAGCUUUCUCUAAAGCAAGGUAGAUGCUCAUGAUCAUGAUCCCUAUUUGUGUCCACAAUAAUUCUAAGAGGAUUAUUUAUGUCAUUGUUUGUAAUACGGUGUAAUCUGAAAUACAUUUUUUUAAUUUUAUGAGAACCCCUUAUUAUAAACUUUUUUUAUUUUAAUCCUUUAAUCUUAUUCAAUCGUUGGUCAGGAUACACAUUAUGUCUUUUUUAUAAUGAUUCGAAAUUCAAAUGAAAUCUUUUUUAA